AGCUCAUAACGUGACAUGCGCUGGCAGGAAAGCAACUAUGUCGCGGACAGCCGGCACACUUCGAGGACCAAACUGAGGUGGGAUUGGCUGUUCUCAACUCGUAUCUCGCUCCCAGAUGAUCAGGGUGUGCAUAUGCCUGGCGCAUCCCGCUCCUAGAUGAUCAGGGUGCAUAUGCCUGGUGCUAUCUGAUAUCUGAUACGCCAGUAAGCACCAGUAUGUAAGCACACGGUACAUAUAAAGAGCUCGCGCUCGAAGCACAACCGAGUAGUGUCGAGUUGAGACUUAGCCUCCCUGCUCUAUCCUUUACCCGACAUGUCUCAAGCUCUUCCAGCACAAGAUCCUGGUGAGAAGGAGGCAAACGACGCCCAACAAGUCAUUGCGAGUAAAGCAUACGUCGAUAAUCCGGAACUACUCCCGUGGUACAAGACGGACAUCAUAGAGCUCAAGCCUGAAACGAGGGACUUAUUCGAAAAGUACAGCAAAGUGCCUUCGGAUGACGUGAUCCCGCAUAUCAAGGGAGUGAGAGACGAAGCUUUCAAGAUUUUUCCCUACCCUUGCCUUGGUUACUGGGGUUUCCUCGACUUGAACGUUGGACAAUCUCCCGCCUACGACGAAGUCCUAGGCCGCGUCAAGAAUGGAGAGAAGUUUCUGGAUCUUGGAUGCUGUAUGGGUCAAGACACCCGCAAGAUUGUUUCUGAUGGGGCACCGCCCGAGAACACUUACGCCUCUGAUCUCAAAAAAGGCUUCUGGGACUUUGGAUACGACUUGUUCCGUGACAGAUCAUCCCUAAAGACCGCAUUCAUCGAAGCAGACAUCCUGGAUGCGGACUCUGAUCUGAAACAGCUGGACGGCAACAUGAAUGUCAUAUACGCUUCCUCGUUUUUCCACCUCUUCGAUCUGGACACGCAGGUCAAAGUAGCGAAAAGGAUUAUCCAGCUACUAAAGCCAGCGAGUGGUUCCUUGGUUUUUGGACGACAGGGGGGCAAAGCUGAACCUGGAACUUUUGAGCACCUGAAGAAAGAGUUGACGUCGUACUGGCACAAUGCGGAGUCAUGGACCAAGCUGUGGAAGCAGGUCAGUGAAGAGACCGGGACAGAGUGGAAGAUCGACGCUGUCCUUGGUGAAGAAGAUCUGUCCAAGAAGAUGAAGACGAAUCUCGUUCCUGGUGGGACCAGAUUUCUUGCGUUUACUGUUCGCAGGGUGUAGAGUAUCUGGAGAAGCAGAUACAGUGAACCGCAGGCCUUCACAAGUCUGCUCCAUAGGGUCAAACACUGAUAGGAAUGGCUUGGUAUGCUGCCCAAGAAUGCGCAAAUCUCAUAGUAGAGUAGUUACAUGGUUAUCAAGAAUGAAAAUGGAAUUCGUCCUCUUGGUCUGCCGCAUCGAGAUACUCUUUCAUGCAACCAAUAGGAAGCGAGCAGGGUCCAAGCAAACAGGCCAAACAUAAUCGUGGC